CCAAAGAUUGCGCGCUUGUCGUCUGCUGAAGCGAAGUCUCAAACAGACGAACCUGAUAGAAAACUGUCCUGAAAUGACGUUGCAAGAUGACUUGCAAUUUUAUAUUUCAACUAGUCGGCGGAUGACGCCUUUGUCUGAUUCUUUUAAGUCUAUUUAUUACAAACUACAUCGGUAGAUUUCGCAUAUGGCCCCAGAAUCCAAACGUGGGGAGAGAAAACAUUCACUGGCCCCUCUAUCUCCUGGGCCAGUGGUGGACAUCAGCGAUGAUGAGCUGGUGACAAUCUCUGUGCGUGACCUCAACCGACAGCUGAAACUGCGUGGCCUUACUCGCGAUGAGAUCGUUCGUAUGAAGCAGCGACGUCGUACACUCAAGAACAGGGGUUAUGCUGCGAGCUGCCGCAUCAAGAGAAUUGAGCAGAUAGACGAACUGGAAUCAGAGAAGUCCCAGGAGUAUAGAGAUAUGGAGAUGAUGGAGGAUGACAACACUACCAUGAGACUCCAGCUACAGGAUCUGCAGGCUCGUUACUCAGCUCUGAAGAAGUUUGCUCUAUUGAGGAAUAUCCCCAUCCCUCCGGAACUGGAAUAAACAUCCUGUAGUAAUUGAACAAGUUACACUGAAAUCAUUGAAAAAAUCUAAUCAAUGAAAAAAAUGUCAAACAAACCUUUUAAUUGGUCUACAUUAAGUUAUCUUUUGUAACUUUUAUUAAAACAGACUUGGCCUCAUCAAAAUAUUUGGACUCUAGAAGUGGCAUGUCCCACAUAUGUGCUGUAUUAGAUCGUCGUCUUAAGUGCCAACACCGCACAUAUGCGGCAGGCACAUUAACAUGUUUUGAUAUUAUGUAACUGUUGAAGUAGUAAAUAUUAUCUGAUCACCAUCAAAUGUAUAUGGUUGUGAAGAGGAAGAACUAAACUUUUAAAAUAUUAGGUUUAACACUAUUUAAAUCCAGUAGAUGUACAGAUUGCUGAAACUUCCAGAGAAUGUGCUAUUGUAAUUUUAUGGAAUCAUUUUUUAUUUUAGCGUAUUAUGUCAUUCUAGCUAAUUCUAUCCCAUAAUCAUGUAUUACGUAAUUUGACAUCUAUUAUGUUUUUACUACUACUAGAACGCAUGUCAUGCUGUAUUACACAGCUUGUUUACAAAGCAACAGCUGGUGACCAGCAUUGUUUAUUUAUUUUAUUAGUUAAGUAAAAUGAGAAUGUAAGGUUAAAUCAUAUAAAAUAUACAUUUCUGAAAACGACAACAUUUGGAGUUGGAUAUAUGUAUAUAUAUAUUUUUUUUCUCAUAGUUUUCAACAAACUUCCAGGGAUGAAUAACAAAACAAGUAUCAGAUAGUUAUUGAAGCAUUAAGAAAUUAAAUUAAAAGUAAACAAAAAUAAUUCAGUAAAACAUGUUUCUUUGUUCUGUACUGAGAAAGAUUAUGUGUAAUAUGAUUUAUUUAGAGUUAAUCAAUUGUAGUUACAAAAAUUAGAAAAACACACUUAUAGGUACCUUAAAACACUCAGUACGUUGCUAGUCCAUGCCAAUCCUAGGGUUAACUAGGGUUAAAUAUGAAUAGUACAUUGUUGGCUUUGUGGUAACCAAAAUUAUUUUACAAUAGUUUUAUAGUCAUGUAACUCAUGGUACUUUUAAUAAUAUGAUAGUGGUUAUUUUUCACAUGAUUCUUUAAAGGAAUACCAUGUUAUUGACGGCAAGUCACUGAAUAUUUUGAUUAGGUUACAUAUUAAUUUCAUUAGAUACGCAUGAUGUUUCUGAACACCCACCUCAAAUGUCUUGCUGUCAAUAGGUUUAAAUGUUGGUUUAAAUAUGUUUUUCCUAAAACAUUUGUUAAAAUUAUUUGUUAUUUGUUUUAACAAUAUUAAUUGUUUAAAUGCAUUUUAAACUUAUUAAAGUUGCUAGGAGUUUCAAAAACAGUAUUCUAUUUUCAAAUCUUGAAAAUCUCAAAUGUACAAGUCAAAAUGCAGUGAAUGCAACUUGCAUAAGUUAUUUAUUGAUAAAUCAUGAUAAUAGUAUUUGUUUAAAGUAGUGAAUGGAAAUUAUGUUUGUUACUAACCCGAUCAGUGAAUAAUGACUUUUAUAAAAGGUAAUAAAAAUUUUCAUUCAUUCAAUUUUAUUUUUUAUUAAUAAGUUUUUAAUAUAAUUAGCUGGAAAAAUGUUAGAGGCUCUGUCUAGAUCUAUUUUCUACUUUGAUCUGCAAUAUGUCAUUUCGCAGAAAAUCCAUUGUAUUAUGGGAUUCAUUAAAUUUUUGCUUUGGUUUUUUGGUUCUUAAAUAGUUACAAUAAGUAGAUUUUGAUUGCGGUUGUGUGAUUAAUUUGUAGUGUUAUUUUUGUAAUUAGUACAUUCCAAUAUAUUUGUAAUAUAAGUUAUAUAACAAUUU